AUGGCCAUUUCGAUCCAAGAGCACCAUUUUGAGUGCCAUAGACGUCACAAUCGACUGCAGAACUACGACCCAAUGGUUUGGUUGCCAGAUAUCUUGUUUCGAUGUGUGUAUCCACCUAUGAUGGGAUUAGUUCGCGUUUUAUCAUACACAGAUAAGAAUCAUAUUGAUUUGUGUGGGUUUGGACACCUUUUGCAGAUGCCAGAUAUCCGUGUAAAUCAUAGGAUGUUGACCGCAUUAGCAGAGCAGUUUCAUUUAGAGCAUAACACUUUCCAUUUACCUGUAGGAGAGAUGACUAUCACACCUGAGGAUGUUUACCAGAUUCUCAAGAUCCCAUUUGCUGGUGAUAAGGUCGAUUAUGAUUCUGCUCAGUGGCCUGGUAUUUUAGCUUUGAGAUGUAUAUUUCACAAGGAGACUAUUCUUGAGCGGGCCAUUACAUGGGAUGUUAUGAUGGCUAGGUAUAGUGAGCAGUUUUCGCUUGCAUGUGUGUUAGCAGGUAUCAUUGGGUGUUUUGUUAUGCCAAACAGGGGACAACAGGGCUUUCUAUGUGGCUGGGCUAGGAUGCUCGAGAGACUAUUGACUCUUCCUGAGAGAUUAGGGUGGGGAUCUUGUUUGUUAGCCUAUAUGUAUCAUAAGAUGCAUGAGGUUGCAUAUAGGGAUGGGAAGAGCAUGGCAGCAAGAGUCUUAGUUUUACAGAUAUGGGCAUGGGAGCACAUCCCAGUAUGCAGGUCGAUAGUAGAUGAUGCUAGAGAGCCUCACCAGCCUAUUGUAUAUUGCUAUUCAGGUUAUGUCACUCAACCCCAUCUGAGCAAGACAAAGUACUAG